AUGGGCUCUUUUGCAUUCAACUCUUUCGUCGGCCUCCGCAAAUCUUCGCCGGAAAAACACCACCAUCACUCACUCACCACUCUACCUAAAUGCAUUGCACCAAGCCAAGUUCACUACCGCCGUCUCAAUGUCGUCGCCGCCAAAACCAGCCCAAAAAUCACUGGACGAAACCUUCGAGUCGCAGUCGUUGGCGGUGGUCCUGCCGGUGGAGCAGCUGCCGAAACUCUAGCCAAAGGCGGUAUAGAGACGUUCUUGAUGGAGCGCAAACUGGACAAUGCCAAGCCCUGUGGUGGCGCCAUUCCACUUUGUAUGGUCGGAGAAUUUGAGUUGCCGUUGGAUAUCAUUGACCGCCGUGUUACCAAGAUGAAGAUGAUCUCCCCGUCAAACAUUGCCGUCGACAUCGGUCAAACACUCAAACCCCAUGAGUAUAUCGGCAUGGUCCGCCGGGAAGUCCUCGAUGCCUACUUACGUGACCGAGCUGCUGCCUCCGGGGCCACCAUCAUCAACGGACUUUUCGUCAAAAUGGACAAACCCCAAGAGAAAAACGCACCUUACGUCCUCCAUUACAACCCCUACAACGGCAAAACCGGAUCCACCGGAGAAAGGAUGAGUAUCGAAGUCGAUGCCAUAAUCGGCGCCGACGGAGCAAACUCCCGUGUCGCAAAAUCCAUUGGAGCCGGAGAUUACGAGUACGGAAUAGCUUUCCAAGAACGUGUCAAGAUCCCAGACGACAAAAUGCAGUACUACGAGAACGUUGCUGAGUUGUACGUCGGAAACGACGUAUCACCGGACUUCUAUGGAUGGGUGUUUCCAAAAUGUGAUCACGUGGCUGUCGGAACAGGAACAGUCACACACAAACCCGACAUCAAAAAGUUCCAGCUUGCCACGCGCCUCCGUGCGCAUGACAAGAUUCUUGGCGGAAAGAUCAUACGGGUGGAAGCUCACCCCAUCCCGGAACACCCCCGGCCAAGGAGAGUGGUGGAGAGGGUAGCCUUGGUAGGAGAUGCGGCGGGGUAUGUGACGAAAUGCUCCGGUGAAGGUAUAUAUUUUGCGGCGAAGAGUGGGCGGAUGUGUGCGGAGGCGAUAGUGAAGGGAUCGGAGAACGGUAGGAGGAUGGUGGAUGAGGGUGAUCUGAGGAGUUAUCUGAAGAAAUGGGAUAAAACAUAUUGGCCGACGUAUAAGGUACUGGAUGUGUUGCAGAAGGUGUUCUACAGGUCAAAUCCGGCGAAGGAGGCGUUUGUGGAGAUGUGUAGCAAUGAGUAUGUUCAAAAGAUGACUUUCGACAGUUAUUUGUACAAGAAGGUGGCGCCGGGGAAUCCAUUGGAGGACUUGAAGCUCGCCGUGAACACGAUUGGGAGUCUCGUUAGGGCCCAUGCACUUAACAAUGAGAUGGUUAAGAUAAAUUAA